AUGAAGUCCACCGGGGUCGAGAUCUUCAUCGGGGAGGUUUCCAUGUACAUCAUGAAGUCCACACGGGCGGUGCUCCUAACCCAGGAGAAGACCAUGGUGACGGGGGAGUGCUGCUACCUGAACCCCCUCAUCAGGAGAGUCAUCAGGUUUAUUGGUGUGUUUGCGUUUGGUCUGUUUGCGACAGACAUCUUUGUAAACGCGGGGCAGGUGGUGACGGGCAACCUGGCGCCGUACUUCCUGUCUGUGUGUAAGCCCAACUACACCGGCACCGAGUGUCGCUUCAACCACCAGUUCAUCUCCAACGGUAACGUCUGUACCGGUAGCCCGGUCAUCGUGGAGAAGGCUCGACGUUCCUUCCCAUCCAAAGACGCCUCGCUCAGCGUCUACUCGGCUGUCUACGUCACGAUGUACAUCACUAGCACCAUAAAGACUAAGAGUAGUCGCCUGGCCAAACCGGUGCUGUGCCUGGGUACCCUGUGUACAGCCUUCCUCGCCGGGCUCAACCGGGUCUCGGAGUACCGGAACCACUGUUCUGAUGUCAUCGCUGGGUUCGUCCUGGGCAGCUGUAUCGCUCUCUUCCUGGGUAUCUGUGUGGUGAACAACUUUAAAGGAGCUCGCUCCACCCCUGCCAAACAGAAGAGUGAAGAUUACCGUGGUCUCCCCCUAAUGACCUUCCCCCGCAUCCAGAGCCCCCUGGAGACACUCAGCGCACAGAACCAUUCGGCAUCGAUGACUGAGGUCACAUGACUAGCGGGGACCGAGGGGGGCCAGCACCGGGUCACCUUUGCGUCUCCUCAACACAACUUCUAGGCACAAUGUUUUGUACUGUCCUACUACUGUAAAGAAAAAGGACAGUAUUCUGGUGUAACUAGUUAGAGGCUGAUGUUUUGUACAUUUUUGUAUAAGGGAGUAUGUGCUGUAGCCUACCUAACCCUGAAGAUGUUACUAGUGUAGGUUGUAAAAUAAUAAGCAGGAAAUCUGUGAAUCCUCCUGGAACUUUGGGGAAGUUGGUCUGAACUGUCUGUCAAGACUUACUUACGCAGUCAUUCCUCCUCUCUCUCAUCCUGUUUUACAUCACAAAGUAAAUCUAAUAUGCAGUAUCUAAUGUUAUUGAAAUAUUGAUGUCAUUCUGUGGUAUUUGUACAAAUACUUCGAUCUAUUCUGUUUAUUGACUAAAGUUUAUUUUUAUUUUUAUCACUGUAUGAAAUAUUUUGUCUUUUUUUUUUUGCCUGCUGUUUUUCAGGAAUGUUUUUGGUAUUCAUAAUUUUUUUGUAUAGGAAAAAACCGUCUCAUUGACUUGGUGUGGUAUUGUUUUCCUUCAUGGCAGAAUACAGAAGCUGCCGUUCUCUCAGCAUGGAACUAAACAGUUGAACUGUUUAAAUAGAUAUUCCUUAUUUGUAUAGUGUCUUUCUUUGAAAAAUACAUAUUUAUUUAGAAAUGCUGCAUAUAUUUUUCUUGAUUUGUGAACAAAAUAAAUAGUCCGUAGCAGAGUA